CUGCCACGGAAUUAUUAAUCAGUGCGACAGCGUUUCCACGCGAAUUUCGGCGCCCUAGAUGUCACGGCGUUGAGGAGGAGAAGAGGCCGGCCCCUUCGUUGGAGGAGACGAAUAGAUAGAAGCACACCUCGAUCCAGAACUUGGUGGUGGCGAGAGAGCGAGAAUUGUGUGCGUGUGUGUGUGUGUCGCUUGAUCGAAUGAGACUCUCCCUGGCUCUUAUUUAUCCCUGUGCGCAGACUCCUGCAAUCUCCCGUCACGCCGGCAUCUGUAUACUAUGGAGGUCAAGAAUCGCUAAUGCGUAGCGUCUCCUCCUCCUGGCACAGGUGUGGCCGUGGAUGUUCUCGUGGUGUUUCUGGCUCUCUGUGUGUAUGUGUAUGUGUUUGUGUGAGACACACUCGCAAAACACACACCUGAUUCCGAUCGUUUCGAACGACGCUUCUUCACAGAACUCGCGGUGACAUCUGCGCAGGCCGCUGCUUUUGCUGCUGCAUCUUCUUCUUCGAAGACGGAAACCCUCUCCUCGGGAUGAACUAGGAAUGGCGGCUGGAUCCGGGAGAUUUGGGCUUCUCCUCCUCCUCCUCUUCCUCGCUGCCGCCGACCGUCGGCGGUGAUAAGCCCGCGUUAUCGCGAGCGCCAUGUUCUAGACCCAUGUUCUCUUUUCUUCUCCGUUUCUGAGGGAGAGAGAGAGACGCCGUCGAGACUUUCUAACGUAGUACGAGAGAGAGAAAGCAUUGCAUUGUUCAAAGAUGACGUCGAGUGCUACGGGAAUCGUGUGCUACUAUAUGCUAGUGUUGGCGGACUUGGUGCUGAUUUGGUUUAUCGACUCAUGUGGCCAUUAGUGUCGUGAUAACGCUCUCACACCACCACCACCACCACCACCACCAAAGGCGCAGCCACCAACAAACCUUGGCGUUGUAACCUAGUGACAAUGAACGUUCAAUACACGCGAAUAACAACAACAAUGUGGUUUUCGAUCGACCGCCGCCAUCCUCAUCAUCUCUUCGACCGUCUGUCCUUCUUAGGUCUAGUGGUGGCGUAGAUCGUCGCGGGAAAUAAGCAGCCUCUUCGAUUCCCGGGUCGGUUUUUUUUUUUUCUCUCCUUCACCUUCGAAGAUCAUCAUCAUCACCAUCUCCUUCUCCUUCUUCUUCUUGACGAGUUGGGUCGGACGAAGCCAACAUGGCCAGAAGAAAAGUGAGCGCAGCUACCCGGUCUGCGGCCAGAAGGCGAAAAAGAAGGAACGAGUUGAAAGCUGCUGCCGAGAUGCAACUCAACAAGAAAGUGAGCAAAAACAACAGCAGCGGAGGAGGAGGAGGAGGAGGAGGCAGCAGCAAAAACAACUCGAGUACAACCUCCCACAAGGACAACAACCUCCACAACACCUCUUCGCGUCUUGCCCACAAAAGUCACUCGGCGGCCAACGGUGAAACAGACAUGGCUGCGGCAACUGCCUCUCCAGAGCCUAAGGGCACGUUGACCCCCCCAGGCUCCUCCCCACUGAGGGCGGAGUGUGACCCCAACAGAGACUCCUCCCACGGCUCCACACCCCCAUCACCCGAGGCUCCCCCAACUCCGGACUCCGCCCACAUGGCUACCGAGCCGACCAAUCACAGCGCAGCGCGUUUCCAGCCCGCCAAUGACGCGACAGAGAGCCGGCUGUUGACCAAUCAGGAGCCUCUCUCCGGGGCCAAGAAACGGAAGGCAGCGAAGGUUCACAAAGUGGAGAUGGAUUUCGGCGGGAGUGAGGGCGAGGGAGACAUAGCAAUGGCCGGUAGCUUCAACUGCCCCGUGUGCCAAGAGGAGCUGCCCGACCAACACGAAUUCACGCAGCACAUCCGGAAGCACAACCGCGUCAUCGAAACCGACAACGGCACCAAAGUCUACUGCUGCGGCAUCUGCAAGAAGCAGCUCAGCAGCAACAGUUCCCUCGACCGACACAUGCUCGUCCACUCCGGAGAGCGCCCUUUCCGCUGCCACAUCUGCGGCACCCACUUCACCACCAACGGCAACAUGCAUCGACACAUCCGCGGCCACUAUCGCAACGGCGGCGGCACCGGCAGUGGGGUGGGCACCGGAUCUGACACUGGAGAGAGCGACUUGGGGUCGGAGGAGGGAGUCUCCUCCCCCAGGAAGCGCUCCUUGGAAGAAGAGAACACCGUCUCGGCGAAGUCCGUGAGGCUCAACACCAUCGAAGUGGAAGAGGAAGAACUGACGUGCCCCGCUUGUGGUGUCGAACAGCCUGGCCAACACGCCCUUGAACAACACGUGGAAACUAUUCACCCGGAGUACCAGGUGGCGUGUAAUAAGUGCCAGGUUGGGUUCAAGAACUACAGAGGUUUACAUUUGCACAAUUCUAUGGUUCAUCCCAUGUCAAGUUCGUCACCCCCACAGCUAGACCUUACUCUGACAGACUUUUCGAGCCCAAAGUUUCCUCUUAUUGCCAAAGAAAUCUGUGAGAACAGCAGCCGACAACAUGACAUGUCAGGGGAGGAGGGACAGGGGUUACACCGGUGUCACUUAUGCCACAUCACAUUCCCUUGUGCGGAAGCGUGGUUAAUGCACAUGAGAGAGCACACCGCGUCCUCUGCAGCAUCUCCCUUCAGAUGUCCACGGUGUGUCAUGAGAUUCUCUAAUCUUGCAGAAUUUACACAACACCAGCAGCACCAUCUUCGUGACGACCCGCAACCCCCGAAGGAAAGUUUUCUUGCAGUUCUUGACUUGCUUCACAACCGUGAUUCUGCACAUGCAAAUGUUGCCUCCUUAUUGGCAGGGAGAUUAAAGCCACCUCUAGGAAUGCCACCACCAGGACAGCACUCUCCAGCUCCAGCAGAUUCAGCCAAGGCAUCUCCAGAGCAUCCAACAGCUAGUCGCAUUGCAACUACUACUAGUGCGACGAGUGCUUCUUCCACCAUGGUGGCCACUGCAGCAGGACUUUCCCAUGAUGAGCAGUUUGCUCGUGAGUAUAGAGACAUGAAACUUAAUGGCCAAUACCCUUGUCGUCUCUGCAAAGACGUCUUUGCAAAUUUGCGCAAACUUAAGUCUCACAAUCUUGUGCACAUGCUGGCGCCUCCCUACCGAUGCAACCUCUGUACUUUCUACAGCAAUGAUAAAAAUACACUAAAGGAGCACAUGAAGAGCCACAAAGGGGAUACCCCUUACGAAUGCAACAUCUGUAAUCUUGCUUUCACCACUAAAGCCAACUGUGAACGCCACAUAAAGAACAUACACGGCCGCCAGUCCAGAGAUGAAGUAAAAGGUUGCAUGAGUUUUAACCCACAAGAAAGUAGUGGCAGUUGUGAUCGCUCAAUGGAAACUGUAUGUCACAUUUGUCAUAUUGACUGUAAAGCACGAUCAGUGUUGAGAGACCAUAUCCGGUCUUCCCACCCAGAAGGCAUGACUAAACCUUUUUCAUGCAAACUCUGUGGAGGCACAUUUUCAUCUGAAAAUGAUGUUAUGAGACAUGUCAUUCAGCAACACCCAGAAGCCGCUUCUGGCCCUACACUGGAAACCUUAGUAGCUAACAGAUCUUCGAGUGAAAAUCUUCACGAACACCACGACCUCACUCCAGUUGAGUCUCUGUUAAACUUUUCAAAGUUACCCAUGGGAGUACCUUUGACUACACACCAGUCACCAUCAACUUCACUACCAGUCACAUUUCCGCACAAAUCAUCUGCCCCUGCACCUUUAGUUCUGUCCCGUCCACCUACACCCACUGUGGUUACUUGUCACACCCCAAGCUCAUCUGUCCUCUCUGUUUGUGAGGAUGACACUCCACUUGACCUUAGUAUUUCAAAGAGAGAUAAGGAUACUGAGGAAGAGACAAAUAUUGUAGAUGAAGAAGAAGUUGAUGUAGAAACUGGUGAUAUUAAAAUUGAACAGACUGAACCUGAAGAUCUUUCCAAGCCACGAAGUGAACAUACUGAAAGUGAUGGAAAGGAGACACCUCCAGAAUCUAUUCCUGAAAGCACAACAGAUGUCCUAAAAAUCCCCAAACCGCCAUUCCCAUUAGGAGCAAUGUAUCCUCAACCACUGUCUCUUUGUCCUCCAUUCAGUUCUCACCAGUAUCCUUUGUUCAUGCCUCCUUAUGGUGGCCUGCACCAUGUACAUAAUUUUGAUCCUGCUCUUCUUGAGGAAUAUCAGAAGGAGCUUAAGCGUGGUCUUCAGUUGACAUCUGGAGGUGGACUGCUGAGUGCCACCAGUGCAUUUCUUCCCAAUAGCUCUCCUUCUUUCCCCCUUUCAGCUUUAGCCUUAGCUGCAGCUCAUCGUGAUCCAUUGCGGGUACCAAGACCAGACCUUCGUUCUAGUGAAUCAAAAUCUGACGAUUCUUUGACAGACAACCACAAUAGUUCAAAGUCGGGUGAUGACGACGUGAUGCACUUCACAAUGCGUAAUUCAGUGUUGAUGAAAAAGCCGAAGCAGAGGCGCUACCGAACAGAGCGUCCAUGGCGCUGUGACCUCUGCGACAAAGGCUUUACCCUGCGAUCAAACAUGGAAAGACACAUGAAGCAGCAGCAUCCGGACAUUUGGCAACAGAGACCCCGUGGGUUAAAUGCGCAAAGACAGGAGUCUGCAGCACCUUCAGUUACCACAGAAAAUUCUCACACUAUCUCAGACACAGUUAGGGAACAACUCAUCAAUAAAAUUGAAAAGGAAUCUGCUGAAGAGAAGGGGAAAGAUGGCGAACACAAGGAAGAAGAGGAACGUGAAUUGGUGAUAGACGAUAACCCAGAAGAAAAGAAUGAGGAAGAGGAGGAGGAGGAGGAGGAGGAUGAGGAAGAUGAAGAGGAUGAAGAUGAAGAGGAUGAGUAUGAUGAUGAGGAAGAAGAUUGUGAUAGAGAUGAUGAAAAAAACCAAGAAGACUGUAGUGCCGAUCUAGCUAGUGUGCACAAGUUAUUGUCUGCUGCCUCAAGCCAGAGCUUCCCUUGUUUUGGAAGUGAGGGCGAGGAUGACAACAAUGGGGACAAUGACAGUAAUAGCAAUAAUUCAUCUGGGGAACCCAAGCGCAGUGCCUACUCAUCAGCCCCCCAGAAACAGAAGUGCCCCUUCUGUCAAAGAAAAUUCCCCUGGUCGAGUUCAUUGGUCCGGCAUAUCAGAACUCACACGGGCCAGAAACCGUAUUUGUGUCCCGUCUGCCGCUUCCCCUUCACCACAAAAUCCAACUGUGAUCGCCACCUCCUUCGGAAGCAUCCCGACUCUCCCCACACGGGUGGCGGCGACCGCCCUUACCGCUGCAGGAAGUGCCCGGGUGCCGCCUUCACUAGUCUCGAAAGUCUCAGGAAGCACGAGAUGUUCAAGCACGAGAAAGCCAGUGACACAGCCGUCUCGAGAGACGAUUCGAGACCAUUCCGUUGUCACGUGUGCGAGGUGCCACUGGCGACCCGGGAGGUUGCGCUGCAGCAUCUCGAUGGAAGCCAUCCCGAACACAGUUCGGGCGUCAUCAACGCUGAACCUGUCACCUCCGACAACAAUAACGAUACCAUCUCUGUUGCACCUGAUUCAACCACGACAGAUAGGGUUAGCUGCAUGUUUUGCUUGCAGAGAUGUUGGAGUUUAGCCGAACUGAAACAGCACGUCAAUUCCCAACACACAAGGGCGUCGUCCCCGGUCGAUUCCGAGGACGACCUCCCGAAGGAAGAAGACGAGUGCUUGACAUCGCCGCCGGCCAGCGUCAAGACCGAGAUCAAGGAAGAGCGGAAGGACGAGUCCGAAGGGACCGACUUCAUCUCCAACCUACUCGGCACCAGGCGGGCGGUCGUCGAUCAUCUGCUGACGUCCAAAUCCGCCGACGACGCCGCUAAGCUCCUGGGCGUCCGAUAAUAAUGUUAAUAAUAUCGUGUUUUAAAAAGAGAGAGACGGGGGGUGAGGUUGGGAGAAGAAUUCAAAGUUAUUUAAUAAGAUUUGAAUAGACUGAGGGUGUGUAUGUUCAAGAUUUGUCGAAUUCCUUAUUGAUAGCAAAGAGUGCAAUAUGUCCAUAGCUUGUAGUUUUCGUUUUGAGUGUCUCCAAAACGAUCGAUUCUCUUCGUUUCCGUUUUUUCGUUCCCAAUCUUUAAUGACGCAUUCACAGUUUGCCUUGAGAAAAGAUGAAUCAUUCGUGCCUUGACAACGUGCCCAGACUCUUCGAUAUCUGUAAGUUAAUAAUGGUUAUUAUGUAUAUAGUGUGUACAUAGAAUAACUUCAUGGUUGAAUAUUUUUUGUUCAGAUCAUUUCAUUCCUUUGUCUGUGAUGUCUUCUACUUCUAGUUUUUAUUUUUGUUAUUCGUUAUUGUUAAUUGUUUGCUUGUACAGUACCUGCCAAAUAUUGUCCUGUAGUGUUUCUUUAGUUGCCAAGAUCCCAAACAAUUUUGUUCAAAUAAGAGGGGCCAAAAAUCACUUUCAUUUUUCUUGUGCCUAAGCUUUCGUUGACUCUCUUUCCACCAGUGUUAUACUUAUUAUAUACUAUACCAGUGAAAUGUAUGUUUUGUGUAUGGUUCUAUACCAAGAAUGAUUGCAUAUCUUUACAUAGAUUGAGACAAUCUGUAUGGAUCAGGGAUUGAAAUUAGUUUCCUUUUUUUUCUUUUUGGUACCAUCACGAUUUAUUUAUGAAGAUUUUUUUUUAUCUCCAAAGUAUUAAGGCUAACAUGCCAAAGUUAAGGUUAGUGUGUAAAUAUACCUUAUUAUUUAUCUCAUGUACUUGUAAGGUUGCAUUCUUAUUCCAAAGUUUGUAUAUUUAUACUACCUUAGAUUAAUUUGAAACAGAAGAAGAAGAAGAAAUGAAAAAAAAUAACGUUCUUUAUAGUGUUGUGUUCCUAUUAGUUUUAUAUUUGACAUUCCAGACUAUAUUACCUCAUUAUUCCUUACUUCAGUUUAGUCAGCAAAGUAAAGGAUACGCCUGUCUGUCUGUCUGUCCGUCUGUCUGUCUGUACAUUGAAAACUGAAUUCUAAACACUUCAAUGUUUGCAGCAACACUCUCUAUUCCAUUCAACCCCGAGCGAAGUGACAUUAUCCCAUUCCACUCUGCUCGGUUAAUAUCCAGAGGUCACACUUUUAUUCUGUUUUAAUUUUUUUUUCCUUUAUUUGUAAGAUAUAUUUAUAUCCAUCGAAGUGUAUAUCUAUGCAAUAAUUUCUUGCAUCUUUCCCCAAAGAAAGUUUUGCCAAGUGUGGAGAUGUUUGUAUUUUGAGUGAUGUCCUUUUUUUCUAUUCAUAUUUCUGUAUAUUAAAUAUAUAUAUAAAUAAAUAUAUAUAAAUCAGGGCAGUAUAUGGGAGGCCGCUCCUUGUUUGUCAGGAGAUCAGGCUUUCGUGCGCAGCUGCCCCUGUUCAGUCUGACAGCUAUUUUGAUGGCGCGACGCCUCGAAUAUUUAAUAUGACAAAUAACCAAAGGUAGUUGUAUACAUAUAGAUUAUUUAAACUCUGUUUGAUACUCUUAACCCCAUGUUGUUCAAUCACCUUGUUCUGAUGUGUUAUUGUCGAAGCACCAGUUCAAAAGAAAGCCUUGGAAUACAUAGCUGUGAUUGA